AUAUUUUCGUUUUCUUUUGUUAUAGUGAUAACCAUACGCCAAACAGGAAGCAAUACUGGAAUAUUGGGAAAUAAAAUAAUCUCUAACUGGCUUUGAAACCCGUUUAUAGCACUUACCCACCCUUUUAACUUUUCCAACAAAUAUGCUUCAAUCAAUAAUCUUCUAUAAGGGAUUCUUCUAUUUGGCGGCAUUUUCAGUGCUAACACACUUUUUAAUAGAGCCGGUGAUUGGAGUAGUCAAUGAAAAAGAGGAACAAUUCAGCAAUGGCGGGGUAUACAAAAAUGACUUUGAACCACUGACAUUACACAAACGACCCUCUUUCUUUGUUGGCAGCCGAUAUGGCCGAUCCAGUGGCGGUGCUGCACUCAGCUCUUCAAAGACACGUCGUCUAAGUGUGGUACCUCGUAACGAUCGCUUCUUUUUGGGUUCACGGUAUGGAAAGCGCUCCGAAGAAAACUCCGCUGCAGAAUUCUAUUCGCCAUAUGAACAAGAAAAUCAACUUGCCAACAAUAAUGCUCUCAACUCUAUUAAUGGUUUAGCAUUGCAACAUACUAGUGUUAGCAAAUACCCAUACGGUGAAACUAAUAAUAUGCUGGAAAAGCAACAACAAGAACAAAUACAAACUCCUUCAAUGAUGUCUUGUGUAUAUACUGGGUUGAGGAACUUUUUUCGCUGUCGCAAUAUCGAUGAGAUCAAUAACAUAAUCAACCAGUUGACGAUUGCUCAUAGCGUCGAGGAGAGAAAGUGAAUGAUAUAUGAGCAUUAUUAAAAGUAUUAAGCAGUUGCGGACUUACAGCAAUAUUAUGUUUGGUUCACUCAUAAUAAUAUCACUCGAUAUAUUUUACGGCUAUACCAAUUCUGAAAAAUUAUUAUGCAGUGCUCUCGCGUAACUCUAAUACCCACAAAGUCGCGUUUUCUUCAUUGACUACUUCAUACCUCUUUCCUUUAACUGGAACAAAAGUUAAAUACAAUUUAGAGAUUUUUUACAGAAAUCCCACUUGUACGUCAGCACCCAAUGACCAACAACAAAUAAAUAAGUGCGUUCUCCAAUGAUUUAGGACAAGUUGCCAACACUUAAAUACCUAAUCAUUGAAACUAUUGAAGAAUCGGUCGAGCUCGG